AUGGAGACGGGCGGUCGCAACAAUUCGGGCGUGCUGGCAUUGGCAAGGCUCGACGUCCCGCCGCGAGAGGGUGGCAGAGCGAUCGGCGGCCCCGUCGCUAGCGGAACCUGUGCUGGUGCCGGUAGCAAAGAAACCUGGGGCGGCGUCGGCGGCGAAACCUGUGGCGAAGCUGACGGCGAGGCUGAACGCUGCACAAGAGACGAGUGGGCGACGUUGGCGGCGACCGGGCGGCUAAAAGCCAAUGGCGAGCCGCUAGCCUGGGCGAGCGAGCCCAACGCGGAGAUCAAGCCGGGCGCUUCCGACGCCUCACGGGACGCAUCUCGUGAUAUUGGCUGA